GUCUCAAUAGCAUGGUUUUAAAAGAAAUAAAAAAGAAAUCAGUAAAAAAUAUUUUUUUCAAUUCUUUCAUCAGUGUAGUUGAAAUUGAAACCGAAGAAAAACCUAGUCGCGUUUACAAUAUAUUUUUCUCGUAGUCCGUUGAUUCGAGAUGAUGUAGAAAUUUUAUUUAAUUUUUUUGUAUCCUCUGUCAAUGUUUUUUAUUCCCCAUAAACUACGGUUGUGAUUGAUAUCUUCAUGCUGAAAAUAUAGCAUUCUUGUGCCGGUUUUCGAUAUUAAUAAAGAAAUGGCAGACUCUGCUAGUGAAUCAGAUUCCAGUAGCAUUGACGGAGGUCCCAUCAUGAUGCCACCAAGUCCUAUUACUAGAGAACAACUACAGAAACGUAUUGAAAGCCUUCAGCAGCAAAAUCGGGUUCUCAAAGUUGAGCUAGAAACAUAUAAGCUGAGGGUGAAAUCAUUACAAGAGGAAAAUAUGGAUCUUCGAAAGGCAUCUGUUAUUAUUCAAGCGAAAGCUGAACAAGAGGAAGAAUUUAUUUCAAACACUCUUCUGAAAAAAAUCCAAGCGCUCAAGAAAGAAAAAGAGACUCUUGCUCACCACUAUGAGAGAGAAGAAGAAUGUCUCACCAAUGAUUUGUCUAGAAAACUUACGCAGCUUCGUCAAGAAAAAUGCCGCCUAGAGCAAACUUUAGAACAAGAACAAGAGUGCCUUGUUAAUCGUCUCAUGAGAAAAAUUGAAAAACUUGAAGCAGAAACUCUAGCGAAACAGACUAAUCUGGAACAACUCCGUAGAGAAAAAGUUGAAUUAGAAAACACUUUGGAACAAGAACAGGAAGCUCUUGUAAACAAACUCUGGAAACGUAUGGAUAAGUUGGAGGCCGAGAAACGCAUGCUUCAAAUUAAACUCGAUCAGCCAGUGUCGGAUCCGGCUAGCCCACGAGAUAUCAACAAUGGUGACACUGCUACCAACUUGAGUGCUCAUAUUCAAACCCUUCGCAGUGAAGUCAAUAGGUUGCGCUCAUUUUUACAAACUAGUCAACAGGAACACACUCAAAAAAUGCAACGAUUUGCCCAGGAAGAGCGAAAUAUUAAAGAAGAAAAUUUGAGAUUACAGAGGAAGUUGCAAUUGGAAGUUGAAAGGAGGGAAGCUCUUUGUCGACACCUUUCUGAAAGUGAGAGCUCAUUGGAAAUGGAAGAGGAAAGACAUUAUAAUGAACAAGUACUUGGAGCAAUACAACAAACUGCUUCGCCAAUACCGGCCUACGGUCCUUCGCCAAGUCAAAGUAGACCUCUCAGUCCAGGUUCAUCUAUGCAAGUUCCUUCUCCCAGAGACUCAUUAGUGGUUGGUCCACCUAGAUGCCAUUCAUGCGGUCAACUCAUUAAUCCUAUUAAUCCAGCUUGCGUGUCUUCAGUUUUACAUCCUGUCGGAACGAGCAGCCCUCCAGCACCUCAUCGUAGAACUAGCGAUAGAUUCAUUAAGCCCGCAAUCCCAGCUCUGCAACCAGCUAGUCCAAUGGACACUUCUGUUAAUAAAGAUUGAUAUGGUAAUCGUUUUUCGGUAGAUCAGAUUUAUAAUUUAUACUGCGAUGGCUAAUAAAUUUUCUGUUGGCUUUUUUCUCAUUUACCACCGCGUUUCAUAGGGUGUCUUAUUUUAACAGCUUUCUGCUCAACGGGGUUAUUUACACUUGAAUAUAGUAAGAAGGAAUGAUUGGAAUAACGCUCAGUGGUAUCCUUGGAAAAAGAACUCGAGUGAAAGAAGGGUCUUCGUUUCUGGUUGAAUUUUCAGGGUAAAUUUUAUAUUGUGAAAUCUGAAUUUUAUGUGAUGUAUCGCCAGGUAUAAUCGCCAAAGUGUCAAAAUUGUAUGCGAUAUAUUAUUACGCACUAUAAUGUAUCAUGUUAUUUCUUAUACUUUUAAAAUUUAUCGGCAUCAUUGAAUAUUUCCAUGUUCCUGUUAGAUGAAACUUUGGAGACUCCAGUGGGAAUAAUAGUAUGAAUUUCACUCGACAUCUAACAGAUCUGCAGCUCAACAACAGGCAUGUGACAGAUUUUGAAACACUGUUCUAUAAUGUUGGGAAAUAUUUCAUAACUACAACGUAUAUGUUAUUUUCCCAAAACAUAAAAGUUCACUACAAAAUUGAUAUGCUUUGAUUUGAAUGUUUGAAAUUCGCGCCAAAACACUUGAAAGUGUCAUGGCGUCGCGCGUGACGUCACGUUCGAGUAGACUACAUGUAACCACUAAAAGCUCUUUCAUGAUAACUUUGAUGAUAACUAUGAUUGAAUAUGUAUUCGAAAGUGUCUGUCAUCAUGCCUAUUGUGGUUGUCCAACAUAUUCAAAUAAAUAAAUUGGAGUUUAGAAUAGGAGCAUUUCGUCCCCAGUCCAGAGAAAGAACAUGAUGUUACACUCUCGGGAUUUCCACAAUAUGCUAUGAUUAAUUUUUUUAGGAGUAUCCACUGGCUUCUCUUGGAUUGUAUGAUUAAUUUUUUUAGGAGUAUCCACUGGCUCCAUCUUGGAUUGUAAGUUUAACACUGUUCUCUAUCUUUGGACGUGGAGAAAAAACAAGUGUAAUACUCUAUCAAACUUCUACAAAGGUAAUGACUGCAUUUAUUUCGGCAGCUUUAAUCCUCUCAAAUGGAGGAUUGAAAAUCUGUCUCGCAGUUUUAUUCAACUUUCCAAGGGGAUUUCAAUGACCGGAAUUAACGUAGUCAUAAAAUCUAUAUAGUAUGGCUACAAAAUAUUGAAGAAAAAUUGUUGUACUAGUAGGUUUAGGACCGUAUUUGGAAAAUAUUCGGAUUAUUUCUAUCUGCUUCAUAAGUACUGUUUGGUUAUUUGUUAUUUUAUAUUUGUAUGUACUUUAAUAUUCCUCAAAAUAAAAUUUCAUCAUUACUAU